CGCGUGCAUUGCGGGAGUUGUCUCUGGAGCAGACAAGUACAGUGGCCAGGGUGACAAGAGGGAGGGGGUCUCGGCACAGCCAGCAGACCUAGGGAAGGCGGCCAGCUCUUCCUGGGGAGGCUCUGGGAGAGCACUGCCUGAGUGUGGAAAGACCGAGGGAAACGUCACAAGACGCUGAGGUCUCCUUCCCAAACCCCCGGAGAAGCCCUUGCCUCCUCCCUGCCUUCCUAGAAGGUAGCUUCUGCCGGAGAGUGGAAUUUUCCCAAGACAGGCUCCUCCCUACUGGGCUAGGAUUCUCAGUUCUACCCCAUCUUCCCAGACCUGGGCUACCCCAGGGACUGGGGGUCAGAUAGAGAAGGAAAAAAGAGGGCUCUGCCACAGAGGGGCUGGGUUUUUACGGAGUACGCCUGCCCUGAGAGGAGUGUGUUCUGAGCUUGGGGGAGCUCGUGCUGGAUUUCUAUUUAUUAUUCUUUUUUUCUCCCGGCUGGCUGGACCAGCUAGCCUGGACUUUAACUCCUUUGCCCCGGAGCCCUGGUAAGGGGCGAGGGCACCCGAGGGGGUUAGUGGAGUGCCAGGGGCUAGCCCUUCCCCAUCUUGUUUUCUCACGUCCACUCCCCUGGCCUAGCUUCCGUCAGUCACUCUCCAGGGACCGAGGAAGGGAGGGGAGCGAUAAGGGGCGGAUAUGGAGGCCCCCCUCCUCCGGGUUGCCUAGACAACAUCAGAAAUCGUGGCCAGGGCCUCUUCCGCCUGCGGGGCCUCUGCUUCCUGCAUCAGUCACUCCCGCUGGGGGCGGGGCGGAGGAAGGGGUUGGAUGUGGCAGAGCCGGCCCCCGCUGGUGCGGCUCAGACUACCCCCGCCGUCUCCGCGGCCCGAGCCAUGGCAUCCUAUCCAUCUGGCCCCGGCAAAUCCAAGGCCAAAUAUCCCUUUAAGAAGCGGGCCAGCCUGCAGGCCGCCGCUGCAGUACCAGAGGCUCGGGGUGGGCUGGGGGCCCCUCCGCUGCAGUCUGCCCGGUCCCUGCCAGGCCCUGCCCCCUGCCUCAAGCACUUCCCGCUUGACCUGCGCACGUCUAUGGAUGGCAAAUGCAAGGAGAUCGCCGAGGAGCUGUUCAGCCGCUCCCUAGCUGAGAGCGAGCUCCGUAGUGCCCCGUACGAGUUCCCUGAGGAGAGCCCCAUUGAGCAGCUGGAGGAGCGGCGGCAGCGCCUGGAGCGGCAGAUCAGCCAGGAUGUCAAGCUGGAGCCGGACAUCCUGCUUCGGGCCAAGCAAGAUUUCCUGAAGACGGACAGUGAAUCGGACCUCCAGCUCUACAAGGAGCAGGGUGAGGGACAGGGCGACCGGGGCCUGCGGGAGCGCGACGUGGCGCUGGAACGGGAAUUUCAGCGGGUCACCAUCUCCGGGGAGGAGAAGUGUGGGGUGCCAUUCACAGACCUGCUGGACGCAGCCAAGAGUGUGGUGCGGGCUCUCUUCAUCCGGGAGAAGUACAUGGCCCUGUCACUUCAAAGCUUCUGCCCCACCACCCGCCGGUACCUGCAGCAGCUGGCCGAGAAGCCUCUGGAGACACGGACCUAUGAGCAGGGCCCCGACACCCCUGUGUCCGCUGGUGGGACCCCCUGUCCCUGCCCUAUUCCAAGUGCCCAGCAACCUCCGCCCUGCCUGCUUCUUCCCACACCCAGGCUCAUUCCAGCCUCUUGGUGCACGAGGGGUGGAGGCAGGGGCACGAGCUGUCGUGCUGGGGCCUUUCAUGUCUCUCACGCUCUGUGGGGCCUCUGGGCUGAGCAGUGGGUGGUGGCCCGGAAGAGCCUUGGCCCUGACUCCACCCUCCCCACUCCUGCAGACGCCCCGGUGCACCCCCCUGCACUGGAACAGCACCCGUAUGAGCACUGUGAGCCCAGCACCAUGCCUGGGGACCUUGGCUUGGGUCUGCGCAUGGUGCGGGGAGUGAUGCACGUCUACACCCGCAGGGAACCUGAUGAGCAUUGCUCAGAGGUGGAGCUGCCGUACCCCGACCUGCAGGAAUUUGUGGCAGAUGUCAAUGUGCUAAUGGCCCUGAUUAUCAAUGGCCCCAUAAAGUCGUUCUGCUACCGCCGGCUGCAGUACCUGAGCUCCAAGUUCCAGAUGCACGUGCUGCUCAAUGAGAUGAAGGAGCUGGCUGCCCAGAAGAAGGUGCCACACCGAGAUUUCUACAACAUCCGCAAGGUGGACACGCACAUCCAUGCCUCGUCCUGCAUGAACCAGAAGCAUCUGCUGCGCUUCAUUAAGCGAGCAAUGAAGCGACACCUGGAGGAGAUCGUGCACGUGGAGCAGGGCCGCGAGCAGACGCUGCGGGAGGUCUUCGAGAGCAUGAAUCUCACCGCCUAUGACCUGAGUGUGGACACGCUCGACGUGCACGCGGACAGGAACACCUUCCAUCGCUUUGACAAGUUCAAUGCCAAAUACAACCCUAUCGGGGAGUCUGUCCUCCGAGAGAUCUUCAUCAAGACGGACAACAGGGUUUCUGGGAAGUACUUUGCUCACAUCAUCAAGGAGGUGAUGUCGGACCUGGAGGAGAGCAAAUACCAGAACGCAGAGCUGCGGCUCUCCAUCUAUGGGCGCUCGAGGGACGAGUGGGACAAGCUGGCACGCUGGGCUGUGAUGCAUCGCGUGCACUCUCCCAACGUGCGCUGGCUCGUGCAGGUGCCCCGCCUCUUUGAUGUGUACCGUACCAAGGGCCAGCUGGCCAAUUUCCAGGAGAUGCUGGAGAACAUCUUCCUGCCGCUGUUCGAGGCCACCGUGCAUCCUGCCAGCCACCCAGAGCUGCACCUCUUCUUGGAGCACGUGGAUGGCUUUGACAGUGUGGAUGAUGAGUCCAAGCCUGAGAACCACGUCUUCAACCUGGAGAGCCCCCUCCCCGAGGCCUGGGUAGAGGAGGACAACCCACCCUAUGCCUACUACCUGUACUACACCUUCGCCAACAUGGCCAUGCUGAACCACCUGCGCAGGCAGAGGGGCUUCCACACGUUUGUGCUGAGGCCGCACUGCGGGGAGGCCGGGCCCAUCCACCACCUGGUGUCGGCCUUCAUGCUGGCUGAGAACAUCUCCCACGGGCUGCUGCUGCGCAAGGCCCCAGUCCUGCAGUACCUGUAUUACCUGGCCCAGAUUGGCAUCGCUAUGUCGCCGCUCAGCAACAACAGCCUCUUCCUCAGCUACCACCGGAACCCGCUCCCCGAGUACCUGUCACGCGGCCUCAUGGUCUCGCUGUCCACUGACGAUCCCCUGCAGUUCCACUUCACCAAGGAGCCGCUGAUGGAGGAGUACAGCAUCGCCACCCAGGUGUGGAAGCUGAGCUCCUGUGACAUGUGUGAGCUGGCGCGCAACAGUGUGCUCAUGAGUGGCUUCUCCCACAAGGUGAAGAGCCACUGGCUGGGGCCCAACUAUACCAAGGAGGGCCCCGAGGGCAACGACAUCCGCCGCACCAACGUGCCAGACAUCCGCGUGGGCUACCGCCACGAGACCCUGUGCCAGGAGCUGGCGCUCAUCACGCAGGCCGUCCAGAGCGAGAUGCUGGAGACCAUCCCGGAGGAGACGGGCAUCACCAUAAGCCCAGGGCCUCAGUGAGCCCAGCCCACACGGUGCCCGUCGCCUCUCAGCAUCUUGACCACGUUUUGUCCUUGGACCCCUCCCACCCUGUUCUGGUCUCUGCAUGUGUCCGUUCUUCUCUGUUCUGUCCUGCAUGUUUCUGACCUGUAUCUGUCCCUGUGCCACCCCAAUGAGAGUGGUGCCCAGGGUCUGCUCUGCCCUUGUCUUGGCUCCGGUGGCACCUGAUGGCCCAGGUUUGAGGGCUGCCCUGCCAGUGGCCCUGUCCCAGGAUCCUCUGAAGCCUGGCUGUCCACAGGGGCUAGGGAUGGUUGUCGGGGGCUGGCCCCUCUAGUCCUUAGGGUCCUGCUUGGGAAAAUCUGAGCUUUGGCCAGGGCUUGGGGUUAGGCCCCUGUCUUGUUGAUGUGCCUGAGGGGCAGUCAGUGGGGGCCUGUGCAUGUCCGCUGUGGACACAGGGCUGCUGGGGGUCUGUCGGGCUCCAGCAGCUCUGCGGUGCCUAGAGUUGGGCUGGGAGCUCAGUCGUGGGCCUGGGUGCCUGGACUCAGGCCUUGGAGGUGCUGGACCACCACCUUCGCCAAGUCACUGCCAGCAGCUUCUCCGUCCUUCCUCCAGUCCACGUGCUCCUCUGGUAUCAGCUUCCUGUGCUUCUGUGGGAGGGGGCAGCCACCCUGUGCCAUGUUUGGGGCCACUGCGGCUGGAGGGUCAUGGAUCUGCCAGCAGCCCUGGGGGUGGCAUUCCCAGUAUAGUCUCCAGAGUUGUGACCACACCUGGACCCCGGCUGCUCCCCUGUGUUGUGUUCUGAACCGAGGCCUUUGCUGUGAGAUGCAGUGUUUCAUACCAUCCCAUCUUUCAUAGUGCAUGAGAAAUAAACAUUAUUUAAGUAAUGCGG